GUAUUCGUUUGUUUCCCCCACUUCUUUUUGUCCGGUUCUAUUCAAUGAUGCUUCUGGGCCAUAGGCUGGUGCCACUAGAUUUUUGGAGUCUUCUUGCUAAAUCAGGGAUAAGACCGCCUUGUUGUUUUUGUGCCUCGCUAGAUCGUUCCGUAAGGGCACCCAUCGUCAUAGAUACGAUUCAUAGCUUCUGCCACUACUUGUGCGCGAAGAGCCAAGAAAUGCGUCAGGGGUUGUGAAGGGAAGGAGUGCCGAUGGCCGGUGGCCACCCGGCGCCGCUGCGGCCGGUGGUGGUUGCGAUGAAAGGCCACCCAGGGUCUGGCAAGUCCACGGCGGCGCGCGCCAUCGCGACCGCGCUUUGCUGUCCGCUCCUGGACAAGGACGAUGUGAGGGACUGCAUGUUGCCCCUAGAGGGCUUGGCUGCUGCUGGGAUGCUCAACGACCUCUCCUACGCCGUGCUGUGGCGGAUGGCUGAGCGCCAGCCGGUGUGCUUGUGGUCGUCGUGGAGUGUCGCCCUGGUGAUAACGAGGAAUGGCGCCGGAGGCUGGAGAGCCGUGGGUCGGCUGUUGCCAAUGGUGGCGGUGGUGAUGGAUGGCAUAAGCCAAAGACAUGGGCUGAGCUGGAGAGGCUUCUGGAAGGGUACCAAGGUUGCACAGACUAUGAAAUUGGGGAUGUACCGAGGAUUGUAGUGGAUACAACUGAUCCGACAGUUGAUGCACAGGUGGCAGCUGAAAAGGUUGUGGUUUUCAUUAGAUCCCAUCUUGCUUGUAGCCAACCAUCUUGUGGGAGACAGGAUUCACCUGUUUGCCAUUAGAAACCAAAAUGUACACUAGCUUAAGCAUUAGGUAAAGUUUCGUUGCAAAAGGUUGAUCUGUUGUACUGCAAUGCUCAAAGUUCUUUUUUUUAUGGGUGUAACCUAAAGGUUCUGUUACUGUUGGGACUUCAAAGGGAUUUUGUUGUUGUUGUUGUGUGAUCUAGAGGUUUCGUAAAAAGAUGUUCUUUUUUCUGGGGUUGUUCCUCAAUCUCCUAUCUCCAUUACAUCUUUCACAUUCCAAUGAAAUGGAAUAUGACUUUUCAGCAUCCAUGUUUAGGACGGAAAGGGCUUCAACAAGUGUGCUACCAACUGUCCAACUACCAAGAUAAGCAUGCAUUGCUGUUUUUUCUGUAGUGAUAGAUGCUUUUAUGCCACCAUUUGGUUCAUUUUCACAUGUUUUCUUUAGCAGAAUCAGUAUGGAAAUACUGCUCUUUUUUUGCUGUCUUUGUUCCAUUUUCUGUACUAUCUUCUCCUUUUCAUGAUCUUUGUUUUGGAAAUUGCGACAUCAAAUCCCAGUCAAUCUAAACUUUGUAUGCUUGCUUGGUUUAUCUAGUCAUGUAUUAAUACUCAUCACAUUUCAGUGUCUGCUUUGCAAACCAAAUUGAUGGUUAAGUGCUUGCCUAUUUGUUCUGCCUGAUUUCAUCGCAGCUCAGUUGUAUGAUUGCUGGGUUUCCUACUUUUCAGCUUUUGUUUUCCGUUUCAUGUUGUAGUGUUGCUGUGUUUCAUGUUUUGAUGAGUUUUGUUCAUUUAUUUGUAGAACAACACUCUGUGUUGGUGUCAAGAUCUAUAGAGCAGGCAUUUCUAUGGGCAGUGCAUCAGGACUCGAAGGAAGCAUAGCAUCAUCGGUUUUUGUGUUUCAUUAAUUCUCAUUUCAAGAUGGCAUCUGCUGGCCUAAAGCCAGGGGUGCCUGUUAUUCUACGGGAGCUGGAGCCAUCCUCAGAGAUGUUCAAGCAAGGAGCGUCCCUUCGAGUCACAGGAAGAAAUACACCGAGAGAAUCUGCUGCCAAGUUGAAGAGUCUCCAGUCAUUCGAUGUGGAGUCCGCGACUGCCACCAUUCAAGACGGCAGCGUAAGUCUGAAGGUUGACACCCAGCAUCUGAGGGAUGUCAGUUUCCGCACGAACUCGGUGUACCAAUUCAUUGGUGAACUUCAGAUCCGUGAAGUUGAUGAUGCGAUUCUACUCGCGCGCAUCGGAAGGAACGUCGAUGGCCUCGACAUGAACCUUUACCAGCAGGCUCUACUCAUCCGACGGCAGCACGAAGCAAAGCUGCUGAGCUCCAGGAGAGCAUGAUCUGCUUGCUAUCUUGGAGCAGGAGGCGCAUGGUGGUUGUAGUUAUUAGGUUUCUUUGUUUCUCAACAGUGCAAUUGCAUAUGUAAACGUGAAGAGAACUGGACCAAGAACUGGUUAAUUGAGAGGGUCUGCUGCAUAUGAUUUGCGAUCUCUCUUGCCCUCCAAAGGGCUGCCAUGGCAUGUGUAGAUGUGACUGCCAAUUUGUGAUCAUCUUACUUGCAGCAGAAUGCUGGUUUUAUUUUAUUGACAUGAGAACAGCCUUGUGGAUCAUGUUUACUGGGA